AUGCUGGUCGCAAUCUUUUAUUUGCUCGCACUGUGUGCCCGCGUUUCGCAAUCAUCACCACCGGACGAUUGCUCCGCCAAUGCUACCUAUCUCGAACUGAGUGACCCGCCCUACGAGAACUACUUCUACUCCGACUGCAACACCAGCACUCAAGUCGUCGUCACAAGCCCGCUUCCGGACAGCAACCUCACCUUCAUUGGCCCGCGCUUACUGGUAGCUUGGCCGGCGGGCAACAGCGGCGCCGCCGCUUUCUUUUCGCCCGCUGACCGAGUCAAUGGUUCGCUCGCCAUAGCUUUGCAGAAUUUGACCGACAGACAGCGCGCCCUCGACCCCAUCUAUGGCUCCCAUUCUGCCAACCGGAGCUUCCCUCGGGUCGGCGUAACUGGCCUUCUGUCGCUCAACACCAGUGCGCGCCUGGAUAUUGCCAUUCUCGGCAGCAUUCGGACCAUCCGUGACUUCACCGAGGGCCCCAGCAUUCUUUCUCCCAUCAUCCAAAGUGCAAAUCGAAUUGCCCACGAUGGUACGGGCCGUGUUUCAAUCAGCAGGCUUUGGCUCGACAACGUAACCACCACUACUCUUACCUUUCAACCCCAUACUGCAGAUGCAGAAGUCGUCGUGGACAACACUACUGUACGCUUCGAAGCCGGAAGAUACAUGUUCAGUGCCUACCUUGAUUACCCGCAGUUGAAGCAGCUGAGCCCGCAACAAGUCCUGAACAACGCGUCCCAAUCUCUAGCCACGACCAAUUCCGACCAACUCGGCUCUCUUGCUUUCCUCUCCUACACUGACAAGCUCUUGGCCGGAGCCUGGCGGUUCUUGGCAUAUUUCGGCCGUGACACCAUGAUCUCUCUGCUCCUCAUGCAGCCCAUCCUCAGCGAGGGGGAUGGCGGAGCGGUCGAAGCAGUCAUUGGUGCCGUACUUGAGCGCAUCAACCGCACCGAUGGGAGUGUGUGCCAUGAAGAGACCAUUGGCGACUAUGCCACCUAUCUCAACUUGCAGCAAAACGUCACGAGCACAGCGCCGCAGUACGACUACAAGAUGAUUGACACUGACUUCUACCUCCCGGUGGUGUUGAACGAGUAUUUUGUCAAACGUCCCGCCGGUCAACAACGAAAAGAUGCAUUCCUCGCAACAGAGGCAACAGUCGAUCCAGCCAAUCAAAGCCUCAAUUACGGUGAUCUUGCUGUUAUAACUGCUGAAAGGAUCAUGAAUUUGUCAGCUGCGUUCGCAUCUGAGGGCGGUCAAACAACGGGAAACCUAAUUCAUCUGAAAGAAGGGCAGGUGGUGGGACAGUGGCGGGACAGCACGUACGGUAUCGGAGGCGGGCGGAUUCCAUACGACGUGAACACUGCGUUGGUCCCGGCUGCACUGAGAGCUAUCUCAUCUCUGUCUGCUGAGGGUUUUUUUCCUACCCACGUUGACUGGAGAGAUAGGGCCCGCCAGUAUGCGCAGGUCUGGGAAGACGAAACUCUGCACUUCUUCCAAAUCGAUAUUGCGGCCGAGGAAGCACGGAGUCUGGUCCAGUCGUAUGUUAACGAGUCUGGUUUUGAAGGCCCUGGAAACCUGGAUAAAAUAACGUCCAACGUUCGCUUUCAUGGUCUAGCUCUGGACGGCAACAAUAACCAAUCAAGCGUCAGGGUCAUGAACACCGACGACUGCUUCAGGUUGUUCCUUGUCAACUCCACCAAUCAGGAACAGCUGACUGCAUUCCUAAACCAGGCCGCGGAGCACAUAAUCCAACCCUUCCCUGUCGGUCUCUCGACACCUGUCGGUGUGUUGGUAGCGAAUCCAGCAUAUGGAGGCGAUCCUGUCUAUACGAAUAAUUUUACCAACAAUGCCUACCACGGCACGGUUGUUUGGAGCUGGCAGCUUUCUAUGCUCGCCGCAGGCCUCGCUCGCCAACUUGACCGCUGCAGAUCCGCCCACAUCCCUGACUUUUGCAAUGACACAAUCGUGCAUGGGAACGUACGUCAGGCGUAUAACCAUCUAUGGGAUCUGAUUGAUGCGAACCGAGCCUAUCUGAGUAGCGAGGUUUGGAGCUGGGUGUACAAGGCCGGGGACUUUCUCUAUACGCCGCUAGGAGCACUUCCUCCGCCUGCCGGCCAAAGUCCGACUGAGAGUAAUAUCCGACAGCUCUGGAGCUUAACCUUUCUGGCAAUUAGGAGCGAUGAGGCGCUGCGUUGA